AUGGAAUUGAUACAAAAUCCUGAAUCUGUCAGAGAGAUGAUGAAACCUGAAUCCGUCAGAGAGAUGAUGAACUUACCGGAGCCUUUCGAAGACCUUGCGGUUCAGGUGGUAAUUGAGAUGCAGAGGAGCUACUUAAGCCCAAAACCCAUACACGCCAUUGACUUUGGUUGUCGGGAAGACUCAACAACUAUUACCUCUGCUCUAUCUGCAUUCACCCUUAGUCCUUCGGGCGUAACUAAGCUGCACUACCAAUUUUCAGAAUCCUAUCUUCUUUACAGAUUCACCACUUUCUUUCCAAUCAUGCCAGUGCUAGAAACACUUGGUGGUGCUCUUUUUGGUGCUGUUCUUCAGGUGCUAUUUGACAAGCUGGAUUCUCGUCAAGUUCUGGACUACUUUUGUCGAAGAGAGCUCGAUGAGAAGCUGCUGAAAAAGUUGAAGAGGAAGCUGAUGGACAUCAAUGCUGUGAUUGAUGAUGCAGAACAAAAGCAGUUCAGUAAUUUCCUGGUCAAAGCAUGGCUUGACGAGGUCAGAGACGUGUUGCUUGAUGCAGAGGAUCUUUUGGAUGAAAUAGACUAUGAAUUCUCCAAAUGUGAGUUGGAAGCUGAAAUCCAGAUCAGUGCAAGCAAGGUACGCAGUUUUGAAUCCAAGAUGAUAGAAGUCCUAGAUGAACUAGAAUCCCUCUUAAAUCAAAAGGUUGUUCAAAAUUUUAAAAUUUCUAGUGGUGUUGGAUCCGGGUUGCGUAAUAAAGUGUCACAGAAAUUGCAAUCAACAUCAUUGGUGGUUGAAAAUGUUAUUUAUUGA